AUGGAUCGUAGGAUGAAGCCAGUAUAUCUAAGGCAAAGGAGCAUAGAAGGAACGCCGAGGACACCAACAUCACCAUCCAUGUCCCCGCUGCGUAUGCACCAUGCUCGGUCAGGAUCAGCAGGCACAAACAAUAUGAAGAAAGCACAAACAAAGGCUGCGGCGCAGAGGCUUGCACAGGUGAUGUCACACCAGACAGGUGAUGACGACGACGAUGGAGAUGAUGAUCUUUCGUACGAUUAUCAACCAAGCGGCAUUGGAAGCAUUGGACUUGCUGGUGGAAGACGAAUGCAGCCUCGGUCACCAAUGACGAAACCUGCAGCUCAAGUUCGUGUGCCUGCGAAGACAUACCAACCAGUUGAUGAGGACAGCGGUGUGCCCGCAAAGACAUACCAACCAGCUCAAGCUCGUGUGCCCGGAAAGACAUACCAAACAGGUGAUGAGGACAGUGAUAAUGAUGAGUUUAUACACGAUUAUGGCUCCAGAGCUGGUGGGGUGAGCAUCGGACGUGCUGGUGGAAAGUCAAUGCGAUCGCGGUCUCCUAUGGUAGUUCGUACUGGCCGACCUGAACAACCUCCCUCUACACAUUCAUCAACAAGUAGUCGAUCGUCUUUAUCUGUCAACACAGUGGAACAACCAUCACCAGCUCCACCAUCUCAGCCCACAAAUUCUGUAGAACAACCGGUAUCUGCCCGUUCCCCAAUAGUGGGACGACCAUCCUUCAAUUCCAUUGAACAACCUCUAUCUUUUCGCUCUUCAAUGGCUGCUCGAUCAGCUAGUAACUCCGUAGAACAACCUCCAUCUGCUCGUUCUACUUCAGCUACGCGCCUGUGUGUCAAGCCAGUUCCCAUGCCGUCUAGUGUACCUAUAUCACUAAGGCCAGUCUCUCCUAUGGUUUCAUCAGAUCAUCCGAAGGAUAAAAGGUUGUCAUUAGAUUGGGGAAGUAUGAACUUAAGAGAUACUGGCAAUCAACAAUCAAAUUCUGCUUUACAAGAUGAGAUUGAUAUGCUACAGGAAGAAAAUGAAAGUUUACUUGACAAGCUUCGACUUGCAGCUGAGAAGUAUGAAGAGGCAGAGGCAAGAGCUCGGCAGCUUGAGAAACAGGCUGCUUUGAAAGUUGCAGAACAAACUAGUAAACCAGCUGAAGAGAUUACUGCCCUUAGGUUGGAAGCUGAGAUCGCUAAGGAUGAGGCAGCAUCUGUGAUUGAGAAACUCCGUGAAGCUGAGUCUGAAGCUAAGUCACUUCGAGAUAUGACACGACGAAUGAUACUGACUCAGGAAGAGACGGAAGAAGUUGUUCUAAAGAGGUGUUGGCUUGCACGAUAUUGGAGCUUGUGCGUUAAACAUGGUGUUCAUGCAGAGAUUGCUGGAGCAAGAUAUGAAUACUGGUCAUCAUUUGCUCCUCUUCCUGUUGAAGUUGUAUUAUCUGCUGGACAGAGAGCUAAAGAUGAGAAUUUCACCGUAAAUGAUGAUGCAAAUGAAAGAGAGAAAGUUCUAAAAGAAGGAAGUGAACUUUCUGGAGAUGGAACUAUUGAGAGUAUGCUUCUAGUUGAGAAAGGCCUUCGGGAACUGGCUUCAUUAAAGUAUGGCCUCAAACACAACUCAAUAGCCAACGGAAAACCCUUUUGGUUUCAAGUUGUACAGGCACUAGCUUUAGACUUCUAUUCAUGCAUGGAAUGUACAGCUCUUGCGAAAACUAAUCAAAGAUUGCUUUGGAAAGGGGAAGCGGUAGCACUUGCCAUGGCUCAGCAACGUCGAUCAAAUUUUAUGAAAUCAGAUGAAAUUAAACUAGCUGGCGAUGGAUACCUCGAAGCAUUUGAAUUGAGCCAGGAGGAGUCCGAAGAUGUGCGUUUUAAGCAGGCCUGGCUUACAUACUUUUGGAGAAGAGCCAAAAACCAUGGCCUGGAACCUGACAUAGCAGAAGAACGUUUGCAGUUCUGGAUCAAUCACAGCAGUCGGUCUUCCUUGUCACACGACGCAGUCGAUGUUGAGCGAGGACUCACGGAGAUCAGGAAAUUAGGCAUUGAGAACCAACUAUGGCAAGCCUCUCGGAAAGAGCUGGAGGUUGGCUCUAACUCUAAGGCCAAACUCGAGUCCGACUUCUGA